AUGGAUCACAUCAACUACGAUCCAGACGGCAUGUCCUCGAGCGGCUAUCUAUUCAUGACCAGACACGUUCUGGAUAUCGUAGUCCUGUCCGUACCGCUGCGUAUGCUCUACAGAGACUGCCUAUUCUCCCCCGACAUAGUCCUCCGCUCCCCUCCUUUUUGCGCGCGAGACUUUCGACCCAGCGACCCGAGACAUUUGGGUUAUACAGUCGGUAUGUGGCUCCUUAGCACCGAUCGCGCCGAGCUCCACUAUUUCACCGACCCCGAGACUGUCCCUGGCAGUUAUGCUAUCCUCUCGCACGUAUGGGGGAAGAAGGAGCAACUGUUCCACCAGACUCCAAAAUAUGACGAAGAUCUCCUUCUCCAGCGUCCCAAUGCUCGCGACGCUGCCUCCAAAAAGGUCCGUCAGAUCUGUAUCAUCGCGCAACAGGACCGCUUCCGUUGGCUCUGGGAUGAUACCUGCUGCAUCAACAAGGACAGCUCUGCCGAGCUCUCCGAAGCGAUCAACUCCAUGUAUCGCUACUAUUCCCUCGCCGCUGUGUGCUACGCCUACCUGGCGGACGUUCCGAGCAACCGCUUUUCCUGCGAUCCGGAGGGGCCGUUCGCGAAGAGCAGGUGGCAAAUGCACGGCUGGACACUUCAGGAGCUCAUCGCAGCCCCCGUGGUCAAGCUGAUCUCGUCAGACUGGCAAAAGCUCGGUACCAAGAUGAGACACGCCCGCUUCCUGAGCAGGAUUACCAAUAUCCCCGUUGAAGUGCUCCUGAUGGAUAAGCCGGUCACCAGUUUCAGCAUCGCACAGCGCAUGUCCUGGGCAUACAAGCGGGAGACAACGCGGGUCGAGGAUCGUGCCUACUCGCUGAUGGGGAUCUUCGCGGUCAACAUGACGACCAUCUAUGGCGAAGGCGAACGGGCGUUCCAGCGACUGCAAGAGGAGAUAAUGGAUCACGAGCGUUCAGCAGGUCAUGAGCACACAAAAUACGAGUCAUAUCUCCUUGCGAGGUCCCCGGACGACUUCAAUCCGUCGGACUCUGGCAGGACUAGGUUCUUGCCAAACGCUUUUCGGUCGGUGUCUACCUAUUCUAGGAUGAAGGAGAUCCCCACGUUCACUAUGACACCAUACUACGGCUGUCUUUGUCGCCUUAUGUGCUUUGGUUUUGGCGAGCUCACUCUAGCAUGGAUGGGAUGUGGCUGGGACGGCUUCGAAGGCGAGACGCGAUCCUUGUGGCUCCUUCUUCGCCGCUGUCAAGAUCCACCACCAGACGAAUCCAAACCUCUCUACCACUGUGUAGCACUGUCUACAGGGUACCGUCAAGGAUCCCGCCUAGUCGGACUCUCAGAAGCCGAUUGGCCAUGGGCAUCCUUCACACUUCGUCCGCAGGAGCUGUAUAUUGCGCUCUGGCACACAACCCCGAAGGGACAGGCAUCGUCCCCGAUUCCUCUCGUGCUCCAGCACGAGCGCAUUCGAACGCCAUUCCGGAUUACCUGGGAGUCCGUGAGCGCCGCUUUCGACGGCUGGAAGCUGGAGAGCACACCGACCGUCGAGUUCGACUGGGACGGGGAAGCCCCCAUCGCGUUCUGCUUCUCACGCUACGACGGGCUAGCGCAACAAUCGACGUUGUGGUUCGUGCUCGGAGUCUGUGACUUGGCGGAGCCUCGCUAG